AUGGAAAUAAUUGCAAGCGUUACAGUGCUUCCAAAAUUGCUGGUUAUCCUUAUUACAGGGAACUCAUCAAUUUCUAGAGCUGGAUGCUUCAUUCAGUCUUAUUUGUAUUAUUUCGUGUCCAUGACAGAUUUUCUCAUUUUGACAGUUAUGUCCUUUGAUCGUUAUCUGGCUGUUUGCUGUCCACUCCGGUACUCUUCCAUUAUGGUAAACCGAGUCUGUAUUAAAUUGGUGACUUUUUGUGUCUCAGGAACCUUUGUCCUUCUUUUAUAUCCAACAAUGGUUACCCCAAGCCUGCCGUAUUGCCACCAUGUGAUAGAUCACUUUAUUUGUGAAAGUGCAGCCAUUUUAAAGCUUGUGUGUGUAGACAUUACUCUCUUAAUAUUGAAUACAAUCAUUGUAUCAGUGUUUUUAUUGAUUGGAUGCUUAAUCAUAACAACAAUUUCCUAUAUUUUAAUUGUGGUUACUGUGGUAAGAAUGCCAGAUGUGGGAAGACAGAAGACCUUUUUCAACAUGUCUCUCUCAUCUUGUUAUGCUAUCUAUUGUUUUUGGCAGUGCUAUAUUUAUUGA